AUGUCGAAUACGUCGAGUAACAAAGUUUGUGAUGAUGUUCGCAGUGGCAAGCCCGUUUACGUAGCCAUUCCAUUACGAAUCGCUUCUUCGGCUUGUCACUCCCCGUACUGGGCCGAUACUGGCCACCGGAAACACAACGAUUCCCAAAAACUGAGCCUAUCUCUACCAGAUAGUAAUGAUUUGUGCCCUGUCACAACCAAUAGCGUGUCCUCGAACACUGCUCGUGCUGCAGCAAAUUCUUCUGCUGCUGUCAGCAUUGUUGCCUUUCUCGCCGGUGCCAUCGUUGGGGUGCUCUUCUCGGUAGGAGGCUUCGAGUGCCUCCAGCGACUGCAAGAUCGUUUCCUGUUUUUCGUCUUGCCAGAAGGCACUUUUGUGACAAGGCUGUCGAUCUUCGCCUUUGCCCUGGCCUGGAGUAUCGUGACGAGUGUGACUGCAUACGCUGUUUUCUCUGCCCUCUUCCAUCGCUUACAGUGGAUCUCCAAGCACGACUCUACCCACCUGACGACAGUCACGGUAUCGCAGCAAUAUGAAGAAGAGGAAUGCGAUGAAGCCCAUGACCAAACACGUUCCUCGACGUCGUCAUCAUCAUCCCCGAUGGAUCUGCACCGAACGGAAUACGGAUUUGCGAUUGGCGUAUUUUUGGGAUUCUCCGCAGCUUGCGCAGUUUCCGACAUUUCCUACGGCUUGUCGUGGAUAUGCAUUAGUGGAACCGUGAUCACGGCGCUUGCUUGGGCACUCUUGAUGGCGUGGUGUGGUCGUCUCGGUCUCCCUACGUAUCCGUCACAACCAUCGGAACACAAUGCGCAGCAACGGCACCUCCGAAAAGGUACCAUUCUGCCGACAGUUUUUGUAUAA